ACCUGGAUCCAUACCACCGACAAUGUUGAAUUUUCGCCUUUCUCUACUUCGGCGACCAAUUCCGGCUCACAUUCGCCCUCUCGACGAUGGAUGUUUGAGGCAUGGUUUCAUUCCAGACUGACUUUUGGGAUACCCAUCACUCGCCGAUUCUUCGCAUGGUCUCUUCACUUCAGUUUCCUAGAGACAAGGCGUUCUUGUGCUUUCUCUCUUUGGUUCAAGCAUUUGCAUGGCGUUCGGGGUAUCAUGACGCAAGAAGGGUGGUCAUCUCAAGUUCCGUUGCAGCCUUUCCGCAGGUGGUGGACUAUGAUACAUUGAUACAUAAUAAUCACAUGCCAGGGAUGGCGAUUAUGGGUAUUUUGUCAUGGGAACAAGAGAGGUUUCCUUGGAAGAACAGCUGCGAUGUUGAGGUGGUGUUACUUGUUGGUUGGUGCGAGACAAGGAAUUCAAACCUGUUAUUGAGGUUGUGGCGGCUUUGUCAUGCCUCUGUAGUUCCGGCCAUUGUUCUCUUUGUCGCUCAUUGUGCGUUAUGCUCGGGUGACAAUGCCGUGUCAUCGCCUGACUGGUGUGGGAUGGGACUUGGCAGAUGGCACACAGAACGCACUUGCACACAGGCAUCUAAGGCCGCGCUGCGGCGCAUCCCUUGUCAUACCACUCCGAGACAUGUACUCCCGAGACAUGUUCACAUGCUAGCCGGACACCUUGAAGGCUCGUGGAAACAAGACAUGCCAAGUCGAGCUCUUGGCGCUGAACGGUCCGCUUGCGAUUUCGUUUCAGCUCUGCCAUGACUUCAGAUUUCGCCUCGCCAGGUUCACGGAUGUUCCUUGUUUGUCUUCCUACCUAGUAUGUAUGAUUGCUUCCAGGCCCUCUCUGUCAUGAUUCGCAGUCCUCGGCAUACUGGAUGGUCUGGCUAGGACUUCAGCUCAUAUAUGGGAAUCAUCUUGUAUAACACGGAAUGUUAUGAUCUAGCCCCAACACAGACAAGCUGAUGGAAAUAUCCUGUUAUGUUAUCUUUAUCUUGGUACAUAAACUACGAGCAAGCUUGCUUUUCGCAGACAC